GAUCAACGUUGCUAGCAAACUAGAAACAGAUGGCUCCCAACGGAAGAGUUAACUCCAACUGUACAAAUGCUUCUAAUCCUUACCAUCAGUGCUCCCAAGCUUGCCUCCAAAAGACCCACCAAACCAAGCCACGCACAAAUAAAAAGACUUCAGGUUAUGGCCGAAGUGUGACAGAUGGUGAGCUCGGCAAAAAGGUAAAAGAAGAAAGACGAACUUACUCAGGUUGCCCUAAAGCAUCUAAUCCUUACCAUGAAUGUGAUGACAAUUGCCACAAAAGAUUAUCGGCUUCAGGUGCCACUCCUCCUUUAAAGUUUGACAGGAAAAAGAAGAUAGGUUCUAAGCCAGAACCCCCUGUUCUUGACAGUGUUCCAGCCUCAAAAGUUGGGGCAAUUUAUCUCUCCGGUGCUUCAUCACCAAUAUCAGAUUAUUCUGAGAAGAAAAAGGCGGAACCAAAAAGCAAUGAGCACAUGCAUUCUGGACAAAUACAUGUCCCAGAUGUCAUGCCUGUCUAUCACAAAGACCAAUUAAAGAAUGGUGCUGAGCAUCUCUCCAAACCAAUUUCUUCUCACAAAGUUGUUCCAAUCACCCAUGUUGAUGACACAGGAGAAGAAGGUACUACUUCAGCUGGUGGAACCGUAGAGAAUAAUUUUGAUGAAGAAGAGACAGAGUCCGUGAUUUCUGAAUCCCGUAUUGCAGUUGGAAUAUACAAUGUGAAAGAAAGUUUUGCUCCCAUACUGCGAUCUAUCCUUGACAAGUAUGGGGAUAUAGGAGCAAGCUGUCAUUUGGAAUCAGUCGUCAUGCGUUCAUAUUAUGUUGAGUGUGUAUGCUUUAUGGUCCAAGAGUUACAAUCCGCUUCAAUAAUGCAAUUAAAUAAGUCCAAAGUCAAAGAAUUGUUGGCUAUUCUUAAGGAUGUAGAAUCUGCUCAACUUCGUGUAGCAUGGCUGCGUGGCACGCUCGAUGAAAUAGGUGAAAAUAUUGAAUUCAUUAAUCAGCACCAGGACGUGGAGGUUGAAAAGGUUAAUUCUGAUCGUGAAGUGGAAUCAUUGAGAAAAGAGCUAGAAUCAGAACUGGAAACUUUGGCUCAGAAAGAACAAGAGGUUGCUGAUAUUAAAACACGAAUUCCUGAUACCAGAGAACGUUUGACCGAGCUUGAGCUCAAGUCUUCUGCACUGGAAAAGAGCAUGCUAUCUAUCAAGUCCAAUGUUGAUAAUUUGCAUAGCAUAUCCUUGAUAGAUGAACUAUUGUAAUAUAUAGCUGCUCAGCUAAAAUCGUCUUAAUGCUUAAAAAGUAGAAUAUGUAACUGAAUAAAUA